GGCGCUCCUCGUGCGGUGUGAGGGUGGGGCGCAGCGUGUUCCUAACCCGCAUCACGGUAGUAUAUUGUAACCCAGAGACCGCCACGCCUUUUAAGCAGCAUGGGGAGACAGCUCGAUGCCCUCCUCGUCCACCUUGGGGACUGGCAGGUGGACUAUGCUAUACCUCAUUACCAUGCCCUUCUUUUCUAUUUUCAUGGCUCCUCACUCCCUCGGCGGGGCUUUCUGGGCUCCGCGUCUCAACUACUCCUGUCGGGUUCCGGACAAGUACUUCAGCUCCACCAACUUCUCCUUUCUGGACUCAGAAGCCAACACCUCACACUCGAUCGCCUUGAGAGACCAAUGCCAGUACAGGAUAGACACGCAGGAGGGCGACGUGAUAGAAGACUGCGUUCAGUUUGACUUCGAUAACUCCACCUUCAGCUCCACCAUCACAUCUGAGUACAAUCUAGUAUGUGACCGAGCCUAUCUGCAAACGUCCUUCCAAAGUAUGUAUAUGCUGGGUUACUUCGUGGGAUCACCAUUCUGCGGAUAUCUGGCAGACAAGUACGGCAGGAAGCAUCUGGUGUUGACGGGCUACAUCGCCUACAUUGUGCUUGGCUUGGGCUCUGCCUGGGUGUCCCAACUCUCCAUCAUCUUCGCGGCACGGUUCCUCUUAGGCUGCUUGCACUUCACAAACUCCUACACCACCUAUGUUCUCCUGAUGGAGAUUUUGGAGCCGAAGCUGAGGGCACCAGUUGGCUUCAUGGAAUGCAACACCUGGGCAGUGGGCAUUAUGCUGUACGGCGGGCUUGCCUACUGGAUCAGGGACUGGAGGCUGCUUCAGACAGCAGCGACGCUGCCGGGACUGUUCAUUUUGCCUGUUUUGUGGAUGAUUGACGAGUCUCCACGAUGGCUGUUGGUGAAUGGCCGGCACGAGGAGGCCCUUCAGGUGUUCAACAAGGUGUCUCGCUGGCACGGCGUUAAGCUCCCGUCUGAUGUAGCGAUGGAGAAGCUAAUUGAGGAGCAGGAUUCAAGCACCCAGGAGACCCAUCAGCAGUCAUCCGUGCGGCUCUUUCUCAGAUCCCUUGCAGAAGGUGCUUUUGUGUUGAUAAGGACGCCCCUGCUACGAAUCAUCACCACAUGCAUGUACCUGGCCUUCUUGAUGCAGGGCAUGGUGUACUAUGGCCUGUCGCUCAGCGGGGCGAAUAUCAGCAACGAUCCAUUCCUCUAUAUGGUGCUGUGCGGACUCAUAGAGAUACCCGCCUACACUCUCAUCGUCCCCGUCGUGCAGGGCCUAGGCAGAAAGUUAUCUCUGUGUUCCUUGUAUGUCAUCACUGCCGGCGCUCUCUUCACCCUGGCUGUUAUUCCUAUUGCGGAGUACAGCACCACCGUGUUAAUCUUGGCCGUGUUUGGGAAGAUGGCCACCUCGUCGAGCUUCCAAACUGUUGUGUUCUACGCUAGCGAACUUUAUCCAACCGAGAUAAGGACUCGAGGCAUCAGCACCUCCGCGAUGGUCAGUCGCAUUGGGAGUAUGGCGGCCCCUUUCAUCAAUGACAUGGUGGGUCCUGCCUACCCUUGGGCACCUUUUGUGAUCUUCGGACUUGGCUCCCUGCUGGCCGCGGCGGUGACUCUGCUACUGCCGGAAACUCGUGGUCACACCCUGCCUGACACUGUGGCUGACCUGGAGGCCAGGGUCAGACAGACGCCCAGGAAGGAGGUCAGUGACACGAGGGCCUCCGUGGACAGUGUGUGAACGAGCCCUCCUGCUUCCUGUGGCGGACUCGUCGGUGAUGGCGCCCCACCUCGUCGGUGAUGGAGCCACACUUGCGGGAGAUUGUCGAUGCUGUGCUAUCUCUCCACCCAGCACAGAACCAGCAGAUCUAGAUCAGCCACGUUUAAGUGAUUACGGUUUUCAUACGGAUAGUUAAACAACAACAAUUGUUCCACUUGUUCUCCAUUAUACCUGGUGGAAUGAGGCACAGCAAGUUUAAGGUGUCACCCAUUUAUAUGUUUGUUGUUGUUUGAGAUUAAGAGGAAGCAUAUCCUAAAAAUUAAAAUGAUACACAAACAGCAUACUUCCUGUAUAUUGGGUUAUACAAUAUAAUGAAAUGGUAUGCAAAAGGAAUAGUAAUUCAGGAAUACGUUGGAGCAAAAGCACUAGAAUUGUGUGAUAGCCAUUUUAUUGAUUGAGUCAUGGUAAUAAAAUUAUUACCUUUUAGAAUUCUGAGUUUUGAAAUACUCAGGAAGACAAUGAUGCUCAUCAGUAGUGUAGUGCCAAGCAUUACAAGUGGGAGGACAUAAGCAUAAGAUAUAUAUCAUGAUACACCCCCUCCACCCUAUUUCCUUUACUCCCUCCCCCCCUAUCACGCUCACAAGCGGGAACAUGGACACGUAUACCACGCCCAUAAGCGUCUUCAAUUUAUGAUUUCACGAAGUGUAACGUAAACAUCCAGAAACAUGGAACAUGGAUUCUCCUUGUAAAUGUUUAUAAAUAAUGUUUUAAAACGCCGCUCUUCUUCCGUGGAGCAGAGGGUGCUUGGUGCGGUAGUCAUGUUUUUUAGUACAACUACACUGCCGAAUGUUGUACUGUGUGCUGUGGCCUCAACGCUGCCUGAAGUGCCCAUACAAUUACACGCUCAAUUCUGCCAGAACCUGACGCUGACCGGGUGGCGUCAGCCUUUCAGCUGCAGGUUUCGUCAGGGGCCUUCAGUCGGCCUGAACAGCCCGCCUGAAGUGCCCAUACACGCUCAGUUUUGCCUGAACAGUCUUGUUUUUCUCAGGCGGCCGCCGACCAUACAGACGGCAUGAGGGUGUGUGGGACUCUUAACGUAAACAAACCACAAAAUUUUUCUUUUCAAAGUUGGAUAUGUUCUUGAAAGAUUAAAUAAGGAUGACAUAGUAAAUAAAUCGCUAAUAAUUUAAUCCGUGCCACUUGAAAAGCGAUAUCUAUCAAUUAUUUUCCCCUCUGCGGGGUGGCGUCACCACCUUGUAGCUCAGACCCGUCUCACUCUUCAUUUCGAUAAGUUUUUUUUUCACAACCCUCUUAUAAUUUAAUGAUCAACUUAUCGUUAUGAUCCCAGUGAUUUGAAAUUAGUACAGUAUAUUUGUCCCUUCGUUCCUCUUGACAGAGGUGGUGUUAUGCCGAGUCGGCAAAACACCACCAAGUCCACCGUCUAACACAUAGUACACCACACAUUCCCUCCCCCCUCCCCACGUCGUAUUCAAUUUUUCAAUGAACAUGGAAAGCAGGGUUCGAAACCGGCAAGGUGGUAUAUUGCGGAGUAGGGAAUCAACACAGUGCAGAUUUCAGUGCGCGCUGUUUGCUUGGGAGAAAUACGAAAACAAAAACAAAAACAAAUUACUCCACUUUUGCCCAUCUAUAGUGAAUUUUUCUUUGACCACCGCCUUUUCUGAUUAACGUGAGGUUUGUUCUGUUCGUGUGUAAAUGUAUAUGAAUGUUGCUUUGUAGUCUUAUGUGAGUUGUAGAGCUAGUCUCAAAAUUAAUAAUGUUUGAUAAGUAUUAUUUAUGAAAUGGUACUCUAUAAGAAGAUAGAUGAUGUUAAUUAGUAAGAAGGAAAAAUUUGUUAAGCUUAAGCUAGGAAUUAAAUCAUGGAGUAAGUGGGCAAUGAAAUAUUCUACUUUGAAGAAUAUAAAGAAGCAAAGAAAAGAAUGUAUCCUUCUCCAGUAGUAGUAUACAUAGUAAGUAUUAGUAUCUGAGCCAGCUAUCCUAAUGUAUUCAUGUUACAUACUUACUGUGGAUGGAAUUAUUUAAGAGAGAAUCACCUCCAAUUAAUUAACCAAUAUAAUUAUGUGUAACAAGAAUUAUCAUAAUUCUUUUUUUUUCAAUAAUAUGAUAUAAUUAUUUAUUUAUUAUUCUUUUUCUUGUGGGUGGGACGCAGCAUGACAGAAAACCACUGACAGAAAACAUUGUACCACUAAUAUAAGGGAGAAGGAAAAAAAUAAAGAAAAACAA